ACGAAAACAAAGAAAUCCGGUUUCUGACUCUUUUGUUCAUCCGUGGAGAAAGCGGAAGUGGUUUUACUUGAUCCUUCUAAUUUCGCUCAGGAAUCGGGAUCUAGGAGAAAAAUGGGAGGAGGUGAGCAUGGACAUGGAGGAGAAGGUGGCGAUUUCAGAGCCAAAGUUUGGAGCAUGUCUGGUGGGCCUUACUGUAGGCCCAAGCAUUGGCGCCGGAACACCGCCAUUGCUAUGUUUGGAGUUUUCCUUGUCUGCAUACCCAUCGCCAUGAAGUCUGCUGAGCUCGAGCAAAGGCCACACAUGCCGGUACGCCCAAUACCUUCACAGAUAUGGUGCAAGAACUUUGGAACCAAGGACGAUUACGAAAAGGAGCAUUAAACUUAUAAAUCCUUUCAUUUUCAUUAGUACUGUGACCAUAAUAAUGUCUUUUGCCCUUGCCAUGUAGAACUCAUGGCAUCUUCCCAAAUCAAGGAAAUUUCAUGUUUUUUUUUAUACGAGUAAGAAAAUGUGAUUUGAUCAAAGCAAAACAAAACAUAAUUUUAUUGUUUUGACGAUGUUCUUACGUUCGAUUACUGAAACAUUUUGCA